GAGGCGCCGCCAACCCUCUGGGAUCAGCAUGUAUUCACUCCACCCCAUCCCUUCCCUUCCUCGCAGCGCCUGCCGCCCUCCUCUCCCCGGCUCUCCCCGCACAACAGGCUUAGCGAUUUGACCAAAAACCGCCCUCCGCCCCCCCUUCCCGUUCCCCCGCUUCAUAUCGCAACAAUGGUCUCCCUCACGCUGGCGAUCCUGUCCCUCGCGGCAGGAGCCCUGGGGGCAUCGAGGACCAGCGCGCCGGCGGGCUGCAUCACGGUGCGGUCGGGCGCCAGCAUCCAGCAGGCGGUCAACUCGCUGUCGACGACGGCGUCGGGCACACAGUGCAUCUUCCUGGAGAGUGGCACGUACCGGGAGCAGGUGCUGGUGCCGGCGCGCAAGGCCCAGCUGACCAUCUACGGCUACACGACCGACACGCUGAGCCACAACGCCAACGGGGCGCUCAUCACGCAGCGCAAGUCGCAAAAGGACGGCCUGUCCAACGACGAGACGGCCACGCUGCGCGUCAAGGCCGCCAACUUCAAGCUCUACAACGUCAACGUCGACAACAGCUACGGCGAGGGCAGCCAGGCCGUCGCCCUGAGCGCCUACGCCGACAGCGGCUACUAUGGCUGCCGCUUCACCGGCUUCCAGGACACCGUGCUGGCCCACCAGGGCAAGCAGCUGUACGCAAGGUGUCUGGUCCAGGGCGCCACCGACUUUGUGUUUGGCCAGUACGCCGCCGCGUGGUUCGAGAAGAACGACGUGAGGGUCUUGGGCAAGUCUCUUGGGUACAUUACCGCAAAUGGCCGUCUCGACAACAACAACCCGUCCUAUUACGUCUUCAACAACUGCAACGUCGCCGCGGCGUCGGGCCAGACCGUGCCCCGAGGUGCCUACUACCUCGGCCGACCGUGGCGCGAGUUUGCGCGUGUCGUGUUCCAGAACACGGCCAUGACCGAGGUCAUCAACGCCGCGGGGUGGAAGAUCUGGAACACGGGCGACGAGCGCACCAGCAACGUCCUGUUUGGCGAGUACGGCAACUCGGGCGCCGGGUCGCAGGGUCAGCGCGCGUCCUUUUCGAGGAAGCUGGGUUCGGCCGUCGGCAUCGACUCGAUCCUGGGCAGCGGUCACCGCAGCGCCGCUUUCUAUGACGCUUCUUAUAUGUAG